AUGGAUAAGCAAACUUCAAGGGUAGGAUCGGAUACCGACAUUAAUUUUUUAGCACAUUAUAACGAGCAUGUGUUUAUUUUUUCUAGCGCCGGAAAGCCCAUCUUUACGCGUUAUGGCGAUGAGUCCUCACUCAGCGCGCUCUUCGGUCUAUUGCAGGUUCUUGUGCAGGCUCGGCGAUGUUCUUCCUCGUCGUCCAUAGAGACCCCCGCUUCCGACCUUAUCCGUCGAAUCACGUUUGCAAAUUCGAGGUUUUGGAUGGGAUCCCAAAGAGAUCCCCAAUCCAGGGAUUUAUAUCUCUAUUUUAGCAUCCGAGAGGAGCUUACCUACGUCCUGUCGACCCACAACGAUAGCUUUUCCUUCUGCUCAGGGAUACUGGAGUAUGUGCAUUUAUUUAUGUUAAGCGUGGCGCCCAAGGUCAACGUCCGGCUACGGGCAAAUCCAAGUUAUGAUGCCCGCCGAUUGUACGCCACGGCGGAUUUUGCCAUUUUGCGCGAUCUUAUCAACAACUUACAAAGCAGCUUUUCCUUUCAUUUGGGUGCGGUGCCUUCCGUAAAUGUGUUUUACCGCUCUGCGAGCGACGCCGAUGCGCUUCGCGCAGUCCGACCCUUUUUCUCCGAUCUCCAAAAAGAAGUUGAGAAGGAGCGGAUGACAAAUCCGAGCUUUAUUCUUUCGCUUUUCCUCCUCAGAGGGCGUCUUCUUUUUUCUUGCGUGGCGGAUAACAGCCCCGCGAGGGAAAUUACGCCGCAGGACGUGCUCUUGCUCAUGCAUUUCGCACUUUCAAUUCGGUAUCGUCAGCAGGGGGGGGAGAUUUGGGUGCCGUUCUGCUUACCGGGGUUUAAUCCUCAAAAUUACGUAUGGUGCUAUAGCGGCUGCCCGUUAGAUACCCAACGCAAUGCAACCCCGAGUCCGAUGGAAAUUUCAAGUAAUAAUCCUCCUCUCCCGGACGAUCCACCAACCAGGCUGGAUUGGAUGAAGGACAUACUUUUUAUCCAAAUUUCAGUCUCCGAGAAUGAUUUUACCCGCUUAUCGAAUCGCGCGAGUUGUAUAACGCAAAUUUUGUUGGGUGGUGCGCAUCAAAAGGUGCCACGAUCGGCCUCUUCGUUGGCGGUAUAUCGUCAUUCCACCCCACCUUGUUUGAAGCGGUUUUUUCUUAUUUCCUUACAUUCCGGGGCUCAAACUCCUGCGAAAGUGCGAAGCACUUCAGGAAAAGGCCUCUCGGAGCUCUCUCUGUCUCAUCUUUUUCUUUUAAAUCAAUAUCCUACGACGUGUGAUCUUGAUUCCUCAGCGGAUGAUCUUAGGGUAAUUCUGCGGGUGCGGGAGGAGUGGGGCUUCCUAGAUAAAGACUUUAAGGUAGAAAACUAUCCAAAUGUCAUCUCGUUGCCAUCCCAUGAACCUCACCAGCCUGAUUUAUUCGUCGCGUGUACUGAAAAACGCUCCGUUGUUUUACUUUCGCACCCAUCGGUCUCACUACUCUCUCAGCUUUGCCAAUAUCGAGUUCAUCCUGCGGUGGCUUCGCUUCGCGGCCGGGAGGGUGAGCCACAAAAUAGAAGCUGUCCGAUUAGCGAACUUCUUUCUUCCUUUCAUUUUUCAAACUUCGUGAGUGGUGUGGAAAACGAGGUGAAAGAGGUGGUGGUGGUAUUCUUGCCGCAUACGUCAGUUGAGUUGAUGAUUUACUGGACGGUUCGGCUGCUAAAUCGAUGGGUCACCGAAACCGGAAAGCCGAGAACUAUCGGAUAA